AUGCCGCCCUCGAACGACCCGUUCCGGGUCCUUGUCUUCAGCAAGACGGCCGCCUAUCGUCACGCCUGCAUCCCUGCCGGACACGCCGCGUUUGCUGACCUUGCGGCCAAGUCUAAUGGUCUUUUCUCCGUUGUUAGCACGGAAGAUGCGGAAACCUAUUUCACACCCGAAUCGCUAAGCGGCUUCGCCACGGUCAUCUUUUUCCAAAAUUCGCGCGAGGUACUUACCACCGUGCAGAUGGAUGCGCUCAAGGGAUUCAUCGCACAGGGAGGCGGGUAUGUCGGUGUUCACUGUGCUUCUGGUGCCAUGUACAGUGACCCGUGGUACGGAAAGCUUGUGGGCGCGUUUUUCGAUUUCCAUCCCGAGCCGCAGCGUGGCCUGCUCAAAGUCGAAAACGAAGACCACUAUCUUUCUGCGCCGUGGGUUCCGGCAUCGGGCCAAGGGCUAGACGCCAUACCUUGGUUCGACGAGUGGUACAACUACAAGACCAACCCGCGACUUUCGAGCGCAGUAUCCGACGAAGAUGGGCUGGCGCCGCUUACAGUGCUUCUAAGUGUUGACCACGAGUCUUUUGAAGGGAGCACAAUGGGUGCCGGUCACCCGAUUGCGUGGUGUCGGAAUUUCGGAUCAGCGAGAUCAUUUUAUACGGCGUUAGGGCAUUUUGAUGAGGCGUACCAGGAGGAGAGAUUCACAGAGCAACUGCGAAGGGCAAUUCUUUGGACCGCGAAGAGGGAAGAAGAUGGAGCGAUCUGUACAUGA